AUGUCUGCGCGAGGACACCGAAUGGCGGGAAAAAUUGCCUUGUGGCAAAACAAGGCAGACGAACAUAAGGAGAAACAGCUGAUUAACCCCUUUUCAGAAUGGGAAGGCGCAUCACAUCGAGCCAAACUUAGCAAGGAUGACAAAGAGUACGCCACGCCAGUGCCCGGAUCAUUCACGGAAAAACGCGGGAGAGAGGCAAGCAACCACAUUAGCAACGAAAUAAUACAACUGUGCCACGUGAUAGCUGAGCAUGGCACGCGCCAAGCAGACGGGACAUAUGUAGUGACUUUUGGUGAAUUAUUUGAAGCAUAUACAAGGAUCUCGAAUAAAUUAGUGGGGAUGUUGAUGAGAGCAAGAAAGCAAAAACUUCUCACCUUUGAAGGAGAAAUGUUGUUUCAAAGAAGGGAUGACGAUGUUAAAAUAACAGUUUUUACUGUACCUGACUGGAAUUAA